AGAGAGUUCAGAUGUGUGGAACUGGGUUUUGGACCAUUACUGGAUCUGCCCCUGCGUUUUCAUCACAAGGGGAGCCAGGGACGUGGAAUGAUCAGUACUCCUGUUCAGAUACACUGGCUGCUAACAGCUGAACACACUGAGAUAGAGAGAGAGGAUUUGCUGGGCACAACAGAGAGAGAGAGAGAGAGAGAGAGAGAGAGAGAGAGAGAGAGAGGGGUGGGGUAGAGAGACACUGAGGAACAACGGUGCAGCCAAGGAAACCACAGAAACACUCUUCCCCCAAAUCCCCAACUCUGCCCAAAGAGGAGAGAAAGAAGCUGGGGAGACAGACAAAGGCAUUCUUGGCUUUCACUUUAAAAGGAGAAGAAGAAAAAAAAAAACAAUACAUUCGGCGAGAUCAUUUGUUUAAGAUACAAAUUCAAGGAGAAAGGCGUGACAGGACGUUUUAUGAUUGGUGCAGCAGCUCCUAACACAAAGUAAGGGAUAGUAGCGCAGCGCUGCGUGAAUGAUAAAAUACAUCUGGGAGAAGAAACGAGCAGAAACCGGGACGAGAGCAACAAUGAGGAUCUCGUGGCUGCUGCUUUCACUCAGCAUGCUGUUUGGCAGUGUCUGUCCAGACAACACCACUCCUGUGGUUUCUACAGUCACAGCUGGGACAUUGACUACCGGUGCUGGUAGCCCAUCUGGGGCUGACCCAACUGUUAACAGUCAAACCACAUCAGUUACACUUGUUACUGCUGCCGCCUCUACGCAAAAAGAGGCACCAAUAACGUCAACUACUGUGGACCCCCUGACGACCGCAGACACCCAAGUCCCCAUUCAAACAGAACCAAUCACAGUAAUCAACCCAUCGUCUCAGAUUAGCGUCUCUAGUGUCCCUGCUAUUGUGACGAAUCCUUCCAACCCUGCCGCUACCUUCAGCACCCCCACGAUCCCGGGUACAGCAGUCACAACAGCUACAACAGUUGCAGCAGCCGUAACAGUCAACAGCGGCGGCAGCUCAGGAGCAGCAGCCACCACUUCUGUCGGAGUACAGACACCCGAAACCCCAAUAAACAGUAAAACCUCCAGGACUGAAAAGCCUUUCACGCUACGAGGAAAUCUUCAUAAUGUGGAGAACAUUACAAAGGCCUCAACAGAGUCCGUGGCUCACAGCACUAUCGCUCCCAAAAUGAACGAAGGAGAUGUCGAGAAAACAACUGUGACUGUUACAAGAAAUGGGCAGACAUCACCAAGCGCCCAAGAGCCACCUGGGAACCUAGGGACCACCGGUACCUUGCCCACCCUGACCAAAACAGGAUCCGAUGUUCGUGGGAACCUAACUGGAGCUACGUCCCCGCAAACCAACACCACUGCUGAACCUCAGUCAUAUGUGUUUCAGUAUACUCUAAACAGCAAACCUGAGAAAGAGGGAGAUAAAAAGCUGGCAGAGGUGUGCAAUCGGCUGAUGGAGCAUUGGGAAGAUGGAAACUGCACCUUGGUAUGGAGGCAAAGCAACGGCAAAGUAAGGUUUGACCUUGUGGAGAUAAAUGGCAAAGUGCGAACCAGCCUAGCCACCCAGUAUUAUGAAGAGCUCUCCAUGGUAAAGAACGCGACAGAUAAUAAAACCCUGAUCGCCAUCUUGUCCUCCUGUGGCGCUCUGCUCAUCAUGAUUGUCAUCCUCACCGUCUGUGCCUCCCACCACCGCAAACCGUACAGCGAGAACCAGCAACAUCUUACGGAGGAGCUGCACACGGUGGAGAACGGUUACCACGACAACCCCACACUGGAGGUGAUGGAGGUGCCGCCGGAGAUGCAGGAAAAGAAGGUGGCACUGAAUGGAGAGUUCAAUGACAGCUGGAUUGUCCCCAUCGACAACCUCCUGAAGGAGGACGUACCUGAUGAGGAGGACACCCACCUGUAAGACGCGCACCCAUGGGACAAAGGAAGAAAAGGAGACGGAGACGCCAUCUCCUUUUCUAAGAAUAAAGUUCUAAUUCCAAACCCCCCCCCCCCCCCCCCCCCCACCAGAAAAAAAGAACAUUUGCUCCAUGUCAGCCCUGACCACUCAUCCUACACUCUCGACCCUGGGAUCAUGUCCCUUUAGCCAGACAAGACUUUCUUACAUAGACCGGCAUCCUACAGAGAAGCCAGGCCACCACAUUCAUGCUGAUGAUGCUGUUUGAUGGAUUUCUGAUGCAUCUCGGUAAGAACAAGGGUCAAAAAUCACACACUGUGAGGAUGAAGAACCAAUCAGAUGCAGUGGCCCUGGAAAAACAUUGUAUCAGCACAACAGUGACUAUACAGCACAAUUCAAAGAUGUGUUUUGUAAAAAAAAUCUAUUGCGUAAUUGUUAUUUUUAAAAGGUCAAACAGUCCCCAACCAUCACCACCACCUGAGAACCUGUGUGUGCAGACUUUUUUCUUUUUUUUAUUCAAACUGAUCACUUUGUUGUAUCAUGAGGAGAGAAAGACGAGAGAGGUGACCACGACGACAGCUGCCUCGGCAGUUCCAGAGUAACUAACAUAGGUAGAUUAUCUCAGGAUACUUCAGAGCAUCGUGGUGAUUUUCCAACAUAUUUGUUUGUGUGUGUGUGUGUGUGUGUGUGUGUGUGUGUGUGUUAUUUUAUGAAUAACCUUAUUCAUAAAAGAUGGAACUUGCCCAUGAAGAUGCUUCUUGAGGCUGACAGUUCUAUAGAAAUAAGACAGAUGAAGGAUUUAAAUCCAAAUUAGAACUCUAUGGUGUCAAAAGAAAAUGCAAAAAAAAAACAAAAACAAAAAAAACAAAAAACAAAAACAAAGACAAAAAGUCUUUCGUAAAGCUGAAACUAUUAGUUGUGUAUUACAGAAGAGGAUUAGGAUCACGUGAAAAAUUCUGAGUUUAAAGUUAGAAUUGAAUUUUUUUUCCCAUGUGCCCCUCAUCCUCUUCAGUAGAAUAAACAGUUAGUCAAUCAACAGAAAAUUCAUUGGAAACUUGACAAUCAAUGAAGUCUUUUUUUUUUUAAAGCUUCAAUUGACCCAUAGUCAAAGAAUGAUGCAAUCAUGCCGUGGUUGGACUUUACAGUAUAAUUACACUGCUGAUGGGACUGAUGCCAAAACCACUAACAUAACACUAAGGUUGCAAUAAUAUGGAAUUGUCUUUUACCUACAAUGAGGUCAUUUCCUGAAGCCAGAAACAAUAAACAUGCCUGUCUCUGCAAAGCAGGCUGGGAUUUUUCACGAUGCCACCUCCUUAGUUCUCACUCAGCUUAAAAACUGGUAACAAGAAUAAAAACUGAACUGAUGGUAUUUCCAAAAAACAAACAAACAAACAAACAAACAAACAAACAAACAAACAAACAAACAAACAAACAAACAAACAAACACAACCUUUCAAAGUAAAAUUGGUCAAUACAGAUGCUGUGCCAAUAACUUUGUGCACAUCUGAUGCAAACACUGUAAAUAGUGUGUAAAUGUUUGUUUUUGUUCACUGUUGCUGAUGCUGGAAGGGUUGUGUCGUGACAUUUUACGAUACUUUUUUUUGUACUUUUAUUUUUGAAUU